AUGAUCACUACGCCGGUAAGCCGGCUAAACACCAGCGCCGCGGCGGUCGUAACGUCUGUGCGGCCACUAUUUCGACUUCUUAAGCUCACCUUUAACCGAUUCCAUGGUGCUGCCCAGCCGCAACUUGACCCCGACAAUUGCUACUGCUACUGGUCAUCACAGGAGACUCGCGGCGAUCAUCUUGUUGGGUCGACUCCAAUGGUUGACACCGAAGGUUCCGUUCCUUUAAGAGGAGUGCAGUGGGCGUUCAUUGGAAGCCCACGCGCUAAGAAGCACGUGUACGCUGAAAUGCUGUCGAAACUUCUAGAAGUUCCCCAUAUUUCAACGGCGAGCCUUGUUCGUCAAGAACUCAGCCCUCACUCUACUCUUUACAAACAGAUUGCAAAUGCAGUUAAUCACGGUGAGCUUGUCCAGGAGGAUACUAUUUUCGGACUGUUGUCAAAGAGGUUGGAAGAUGGGCAUGGCAGAGGUGAAACUGGUUUUAUUCUGGAUGGAAUUCCUCGAUCACGGAUUCAGGCUGAGAUUCUAGACCAACUUGCUGAGAUUGAUCUUGUUGUGAAUUUCAAAUGCACAGAAGAUUUAAUGAUGAAUACCCAAGGAGAAGCUUCAUGGUCAGAAAAACUCCAAGACUAUAUCAAACAGAUUAAACCAUUAGAAGAUUAUUACAAGGAACAGAAAAAGCUUCUUGACUUUCAAGUUGGAAGUGCACAUAUGGAAACUUGGCGAGGACUUUUGACUGCAUUGCAUCUACAGCAUAUGAUUGCUGGUAGUCAUUCACAGAAACGGACCGGAGGAUCGAUUUUGCCCUAAAAUUUUGAUUGCCGGUAAAGAAUCAGUUACAACCUUUACUGUAAAUAUCAAUUUCAGCAUAUGAGUGAAAAAUUGAUAGCAAGUGUAGAUACGAGAUGGUAUAUGUUUCCCAGCUUUCUUGUUGCCCUAGAAUGAGCUAUUUCUGGAAUGCACUUUUCUUAUAGUUUUGGCCAAUUCAGCAGAGGAGAAACUUCUUUUAAUUUUUCACCUCACACUGUCUCUGGCACUAUUCUUUUUGGUUUCUAUCACCCCAUUGUUUUUCCCUGAACUUUUUGGUUUCUACUACUUGCUUGGUUUUAACACGUACGUU